AUGGAUUUCCCGGACCUGCAGAGGGAAUGGCGGUUGCACGAGCGCGCCAGGCGGCGGUUUUUCAACCUGCGUCGGUUUUUGGUGAAUUACGCCAUGGAGGGCUUAAACAGCGGGGACCGCAGCGGGUUUUUAGAACAUCAAAACGAAUCCCACACUGACAGCUCACCGGACCACGGAAAACAACAAGGUGCGCCAACCGGCGCUCCAAGCGGCAACAACUCACCGGAAAAUAGCAAUAGUCGGCGCCGCACGACGGUAAAACGGCGUAGCUUCAGCGUGAUGGAGGACGUCGCGAAGCAGGAAGAGAAUUUGUUGAGUACCGAGGAACGCAAAAUGAUCAUCAUCCGUGCGGUGGAACAAGUAUGCAUUGCAAAUAUGUCUUGGUCUGGACACUUGUGAUGCUGGGUGGCGUAUCAUGAGGAGGCCACAAGUGCUGGCUCAGCAUGACAAGUUUCUGAGCUUCUAGGUGUUGCCUCUUCUGCAUGACAAACCGCGUUUCUGCAUGGCAGAAAAGUGGGGCUCUUGGGUAAUGUGCAUGACAGACUCAAGAGGCAUGCCAGACAAGCAUGAUAAACAUGCAUUCUUCCUGACCCAGACAUAUUUGCACUUGAUAACAAGGCAAGGUGAACAAAAUUCGCACCUACCUCCAGUCGCCGAAUGUUAACAAUGACACGAAAUUGUGGAACCAGGUAAACAGCCGGGGAGACACGCCGUUGCUGGUCGCGGCGAAGGACCGCGAGACCGCGAUGAUGCACUUGCUGUGUUCCAACUGGCCGACCGUGAAUUUAGACAUCCAGGACAAGGCGGCAGGCAUGACCUGCUUGCACUACUUGACGCUUUUGAACAUCACUGAUGAUAUAAUCG